GUAGCAGAAAGAACAGAGGAGAAACAGAAUCAGAUGCUGAACUAGUGAAUAAUGAAGAAAAUCAACAAAACUUAGAAACAUCAGAAAAUACUAUAGAAAACGGAAAUAUGGAAGACAGCGAAGGAGAAAUAGAGGAUAAAAAAGGAAAAAUUUCCAGAAGUGAAAAAAAGCGAAAGGAAUCACGAGAAAGGGUGCUAAAUCAUCUAGAAAAUUGCAGUGAUGUUUAUAAGUUAAGGGAGUGGGAUAAUAUAUACUCCAUAGUAGCAAAUUAUGUUAAAAAAGAAGAAGAAAUAAAGCAGAGCAACAGUCUAACAGAGCAAGAAGAAGUGGAAAAAGCCAAGAGUGAAGCAAUUGCAGCAAUAAAAAUUAAACUCGAAUCAGAAUUAUCGAAAAUUAGUGAACUUAGGGCAGUAAUAGAACAUAAUGCACAAAAAUAA